AUGAGCAGUCUCGCCGACCCCCCAGCGAGAAGUACCUUUUCUACAGAUGCGCCCGGCAAGACGCGAAAGCUCCCUGUCCUAUCCUCAUCCGUUACAUCCUCCGCUCACUCGUCGGGUGAACCUAUGGAGGUCACUCCACCAACAUCUGCGAUGACGGGCCCUGCGCCGCCCGUCCAGAACAGCCCCGAUAGCGAUCGAACGGGCGCAAACACCACCAAUGGCUCCGCUGAAGUUGGGAGCUCGAACAACCAUGGCCCUAACCAGGCCGUCGGAGCUGCUGCCGCAGCUCAACAGCCCAAAGUCGUUCAGACUGCUUUCAUUCACAAGCUCUACAAUAUGCUAGAGGACCCCAGUAUCCAACAUUUAAUCUCAUGGUCCGGUACCAACGAUAGCUUUGUCAUGUCUCCCACCUCCGAAUUCUCAAAAGUUCUUGCCCAAUACUUCAAACACACCAAUAUCUCGUCUUUUGUGAGGCAGUUGAACAUGUAUGGAUUUCACAAAGUGAGCGAUGUCUUCCACACAGGUUCCCCCGACUCCGCAUUGUGGGAGUUCAAGCACGGAAAUGGCAACUUCAAACGAGGAGAUCUAGUUGGAUUGCGGGAAAUCAAGCGGCGAGCCUCCCGACAUGCUCUGAUCCAUCGCGACUCGUUCCCCGGUCACCAUAAAGCUGCUGCUUCUCAGCCUGGCACGCCGGCUGAGCCUGUCCCCGAUGCUACCGAUGCGCGAUUGAUGAAUCUGGAACACAGCCUAUAUGAUAUGCACGCCCGCCUAAGUCGUGCUGAAGAGGGAAAUGCGGCACUCAAUCACAGAUGUCAAGGUAUGGCGGAAAGCCUGAACAAAUGCUACCAUUGGACCUAUUCAAUCUCCCGAUUCCUGCAAGCCAUGGUUCCUGACCGUGAGAGCCCUUUGUACCGGGAUGUGUCCACUAUGCAGAAAGAACUGGAAAGGCAGCUCGACGCUGUGCGAGCCCUCGAAACUCCCCACGACCCAUAUCUAUCUGCUAGACAGCCCUAUUUUGCAAAUGUGUCUACCGACCCUGGCCCGCCGCUCUCGCCACGCCAAAUGCCUCAGGAGGAUGGUCGUCGACCAUCGGUGAUGGAAGCCCCUAGGACGAAUAUGAUACGCCCUCCGGUUCCCCCGCAUCUCGCCGCAUCCCCUCGUCGCUACGGGUCAAUUGGGGCUGCAAACUCCCCCCCGAACUACAGCCGACCACAGAUUCCCUCUGUCGUUCCGCCACAGCAACCGAUGCCCCACCCCCUGUCAACCGUUUCCUCUCCUCCGGGGCCUAACCUUGCUCGCCGACACACCUCUGCCGAUAUUCGACAGCAUGGCUGGCCACCACCGGGAGUUUCUCCCUUCCCGCCCACCAACCCGGCAGGUGGUGCAACGGGCCCAUGGCCUCCUUCGCCACAUCGGACUCCGACAUCCAGUGAACAGCAGGUGCGAGAUGUCCUGGCCCAAUACGAGAUGGGGGUACCCCGGCGGUUCCAGGACAAUAAUUCCCGGCAUGCUACUCCUCCCUUAAAUGCCGAAUCGACCCCGUCAACGCUCAGCGUUGAAAAUGCAUGGUCCUUUGGAGGGUCUAGGUUCCCUCGACACGAGUCCUCCUUGCCUGCGACCCGACGGUCUAGCAUGGCAAGUAACGUCCAUUCGCUACUCAAUCCUGCCGACACUGCUGAAAGACCCGAUGAGGAUCAGCAUACGAUGGCUGAUGACCGAAAACGAAAGCGACUGGAGUGA